AUGAGACGGCUCCAUCACAUCCUAAACCAUACAAGUGCCCACCUAGUCCAAGGCAACUACACGGAUAACGAUGAGACCAGUAAAAAGGCAGAUGUCGAGGCAGUGGUCGAUCACGUUGCCGAGGAAUCUUCUGAUACAAUCAGUUUAGAGGCUUUGAAUGAGAAGGAGGUCCAGAUGCAUCCCAAUGGGGUCACAGGCGAAUCUCCUGUGGGGGUUCAAAAGGCUGAGGCUGUUGCUCUGGUUUGGAGCAAAACAGCUGUAUAUUUGACGUAUGCUUGGAUUUGGAUUUGUUUCUUUAUGUUGGCUCUUGAACAGUCCAUUGGAAGCAAUGUGAUGGCGUUCGCCUAUGCCGAUUUCAGCGCGGCUUCCCAGGUCAGCACCGUUGGAAUCUUGGCCUCCAUAGUUGGAGGUGUUCUUACUUUGCCUAUCGCAAAGACUUUGAACGUGGUGGGUCGGGCUGAGGCCUACUUGAUCUUUGUGGUUGUCUACAUUAUUGGAAUCAUAAUCCUGGCUGCAUGCAAUGGACCGAAGUCGUAUGCUGCUGGAUAUACGUUUUACUCGGUUGGCUACAGUGCCGUCUAUAUGAUUCUACAAGUGUUCAUUGCAGACACAUCUGGGCUUCAUAACAGAGCCUUUGCCUUCGCCUUCGCGAACGUUCCCUUGAUCUGUACUGCCUUCACCGGACCUCUUGCGGCUGAGUCCUUUCUCAAGGUGACCACCUGGAGAUGGGCUUACGGAGUCUUUGCCAUUGUCAUGCCUUUUGUGCUUGUUCCGUUGGCAUUGGUGUUCAAAUUCUACGAGAUGAAGGCCAAGACGAUUGGGCUUCUUGUUAUAAAUAACUCGGGCCGCUCCUCCUUACGGUCUGUGAUGUACUACAUCCAAGAAUUCGAUAUUGUGGGAGCGUUCAUCUUGAUGGCUGCUUUCAUCCUCUUUUUGCUACCAUUCAGCCUCGAGACAUAUGGUCGUACCGAAUAUAAGAGUGCCUCCUUCAUUGUGAUGGUGGUGAUUGGGUUUUUGCUCUUCUUCGUGUUUGCUGCAUGGGAGAAGUUCUUUGCGCGUACGCACUUCGUCAAGUGGGAGCUGUUCCGCCAGCGAACCGUACUCGGUGCCUUCUGUCUUGCAGCCAUUCUUUUCUUUAGUUACGUCACCUGGGAUGCUUACUUUUACAACUUUGUUUAUGUUGUCUAUAAUUUGCCUGUGUCCAAGGCGGGUUACAUGACCCAGAUUUACAAUGUUGGUUCGUGCUUCUGGUCAGUGGUUUUUGGAGCCUGGUUGCGCUACAUCAAAACUUUUAAGUACACUUGUUUGUUCUUUGGCUUGCCCCUCAUGUUUCUGGGUGCUGGUCUGAUGAUUCACUUCCGUGGUCAGACUAGCGACAUUGGAUAUAUCAUUAUGUGCCAGAUCUUCAUCGCCUUUUCUGGUGGUACUUUGUUCAUAGGGGAGGAUAUGGCCGUCAUGGCUGCAGCCGACCGUGAAGGAAUCCCUAUGAUGCUCUCCGUUUUGAACCUCAGUUCCAGUGUUGGCUCAGCAAUCGGAUAUGCCGUUGCUGCUGCUAUCUAUGACAACGUCUUCCCAUCUGCGCUUCGUGAUGCUCUUCCCGCUGACUCCAAGGAUCUCUGGACGAUCAUCUACUUUGGAGGAGUGUCUACUCAAACAGCAUAUCCUGUUGGAAGUGACAUUAGAAACGCCAUAAAUUACGCGUAUGGCCAGUCUCAAAAAAACGGAGCCAUCGCUGCCACGUGUAUUCUUGUCUUGGCCAUUCCUGCUAUAACUAUGUGGAAGAAUUACAAGGUGGACAAGAAGCAGAACAAGGGUACCGUUAUCUGA